AUGUCACGGUAUAAUUACACUGAUGUGGCGUUUGGCGCAGCAAAGGGGGAGGAAUACUGGCGGCAGGAAAGGGCGAUCUGUGCAGUCAUGCUGGGUCACCCGGCAUGCGCGGCUGACUCAUCGCCUGAGUCAGCGCGCCACCUCAGCAUCGAGCAGAUCCAUGCUGCCAGCCAGGCAAAGAGCUUCGACUACCGGGUGCUGAACCUGCUACUGUAUGGGCUGACUGGACGUCCAGUGGACGAGCAGCUGAUGGAGUUCCUGGCAGUCGAUGAGCACCUGGUCGACAUCGGUGAUGACCUCGUGGACUAUGAGGCAAGCACAUACCGUCUGGAGGCCAGGCACGCCGCGCUACUGGCACAGCUGCCAGAUCAGACGCGGCAGCACUUCCGACGGCGGCAUGCAGAAGCCUCGGAGGCGCCAGGUUCUGGCAGCUGGAUCUUCCCGCAGCCCAUCUUGGACGAGGCAGCAUACAGGCGUCAAUUUGCAGAGGCAGAUUGA